AUUAUGCUGACGUCGGCGUCGCAGUAUCUCUUCAAUGCGCUCGACAGCCGAGUGUACUUCGGUGAGGUGUCGGUCAUCCUUCCGAACCAUUGGCCUCAGUCCUGCAUACCCUACAACCAGACGCGAACGUCGGCCAGCGGCGAAACAAGCGACGUGACGAUCCGGCCCCAAACCAAGGCGGAACCGUCGAUCUGGACACAGCAGUACGCGGGGUGCGGCGAGUCGGGCGAGCAGAUCUUCGUCGAUCCGGACAUCCUCGGACGGGAGACGAUCUGGCGGGAGUUUAUCCGCGAAUGGGCUAAAUACCGGUACGGGGUGUUCGAUGAGAUCGGGUAUGAUCGCGAUCCCGUCUAUCCGCGGUGCUACAUCAAUGACGACCACAAG